GAAAAAUGGCGUAGGAGUACUUCCUUUUUUCAGCAGCGUGUAAAGACGUUCGGAUUGACGUGAAAAAAUCGCGAAUAACACGUCGAGAUGCAAUUCAAACGCUUCAUUGAGAUCGGUAGAGUGGCCUACAUUGCUUAUGGACCAUCUAAGGGCAAGUUGAUAGUGAUCGUUGACGUCAUUGAUCAAAAUAGAGUUCUUGUAGAUGGCCCAUGCACAGCGGUCAAAAGACAAGCUGUUAACAUCAAGCAACUCCAUUUAACCAAGUUUGUCAUUAAAAUGCCGUAUGGUUUGAGAACAGGACUCAUCAAGAAAAUUUGGGAAAAGGAAGAAAUUGAGAAGAAAUGGGCUAAGACCGUCUGGGCUAAAAAAAUAGCCUCUAAAAAGCUUAGAGAGAAUUUGUCAGACUUCGACAGGUUCAAGCUUAUGAAAAUGAAACAAGCCCGAAAUAGGUUAAUAAACACCGAAUUUGGAAAUCUUAAAAAGAAGACUCCCAGAGUCCCAAUUAAGAAGAGGAAGCCCAACAAAGUUAUCCAUGAAAAGAAGAUUAAAAUUAAAGGAAUGUAAACUUCAUUCGUUGAAUUUUGCGUUUGUGUAGCAAAAUACACGAGUUUUUCCAAAUGAAAUGAAA